AUGAGUCCCCUGCCAGCCGACCCCUACAAGAUCCUCGGCGUCUCCAAGGACGCUCAGAUCCCCGAGAUCCGGUCCGCCCACCGCAAGCUGGUCCUCAAGUGCCACCCGGACAAGGUCCAGGACCCCAAGCUCAAGGCCGAGAAGCAAGACGAGUUCCAAAAGGUCCAGGAGGCCUACGAGCUACUCUCUGACGACCGCCAGCGGCAAAAGUACGACGACCAAAUCAAGCUCGCCGAGCUCCGCGAGCAGUUCCGCAGCAAGGCCAACAUCUCCACGCCCCGCUCGUCGCCCAAGGAGUACAACGUCUACACGGCCGAGCCGCGGACGACAACCCGACCUCGGUCACCUGCCUCGGCCCCCAAGCCGUAUGCCACCUACUCUCGUUCGUGGGAGGAUGAGAUCUCUCGCGGCCCUCGCAUCUUCGAUGCCGGCACGCCCCGGUCAUCGAGACGGGAGGCCAGCUUCGCGGAGCGCCCGUCGAAGCGGGAAGUGGAGAGGGAACGAGAGAAGGACCGCGAGAUCAGGGAACGGGAAAAGGAGAGGGAUCGCGAGCGACGAAAGCGGGAAGACGCCAUGAGGCGUGCCGAGAAGGAGGCCAAGGAACAGCGCCGCGCCGAGAAAAGGCUGCGGGAGAAGCAGCGCGACAAGGAGAUCCGCCGGGAGACGGACGAGAAGAAGCGCCAUGCCCGGCCCUACAUUGAGUCGUACGACGAGGACUCACCGUCCAAGUCGGACAAGAAGAAGUCGAGCAGCAAGCGGUACGAGGAAAAGCGGGACAGGUCCUCGGGCCGUGAGGACGCACCCAUGCCCCCGCUACAGCAGCGGUCGUCCUCCGAGGCCUACUUCUAUGCCCAGUCGUACAUCCAGGCCUCCAAGGCCAAGGGCGCGCCGGGCAUCCAGCGGUCGGCAACCUACCACCCCCGCGUGCCGCAGCCCCCUGCGGCGCCUACACCGCCUCCGGUCGCGGCCCAGUCGCCGUUCGCCGCACCCCCCGAGGAGGAGAUCCGGCGAUCGUCAGCCCGCCCGCGCCGCGGCUCCGCUGACGAGCAACGACGGCUCUCCAGGGAACGCUCGUACCGCGCGUCGUCGCGCGAGGCGCUGGACGACCCCAUUGUCGUGAGCGCCUCGCCGGCGGCCAGGCACACGGCGCAGUUCCAAAAGUCGGCCUCGACGACGCCCGUCAUGUCGAGCUCGCCGCCCCGCGUCACGCGCACGACCACGAUGCCCGUUGACGCGGGAUUCUCACGUCCUGUGCCGGGUAUCGCCCGCGCUCAGACCUUUAAUUCUUUUGGCGAGAGCGCCCCCCGGGGUCGCGACCGCUCGCGCAUGCACUCGCAGAUCGAGGAGGAGUCGGAUUCGGACGACGUGUACGAGCGACGGGCUCGGGAACGCGACCACAAGCACCGGAGCCGGAGGCACCGGUCGCCCGAGGCGCGGCCGGAGAACGUCUCCCGCUAUCAGGUCGAAGGCGGGCGCACCAAGCCCCAGUCUUACUCGCGCCGCCUGGACGCCGAAGCGGACCCCUACCGCUACUACUCGACGGCCGGGGGCAUCCCCGUCGUGGAAACGCGACCGCCGAUGCCCCCUCGCGAGGGCAGCUAUUCCGCCCCGGGGAUGAAGUUCCCCAAGGUGAGGACGUCCAAGACCUACGGGUACGACGACGUGCAGUACAGCAACUACUACGACAAGCCGCAUCGCGAAGAGUACUCGGCAUAUGCAUGA